CAGAAGCAGGCUGUUUCAGCAAUUGGAUCCCGACAUUUUGGCAUCACCACAGCCAAAGAAUCGAGCGGUCGACUUCCUCACCUCCAGCAGCAUGGACAUCCCGAACGCUCUUCUGGCAUCUGCGAGCCCUGAUGCCAACCUCCGCAAGCAAGCCGAAGAGGUGCUGAACCAGGCGCUCGCCUCGAACGCCGGUGGCCUCAUGCUAACGCUGGCGCAAGCGCUUGCCGCGGCCGACUUUCCUUCGGGCGGUCGCCAGCAGGCCGGUCUCUACCUCAAGAACUUGCUCGACGCCAAGGACGAAGCGCUCCAGGAGCUCAAGAUUCAAAACUGGUAUGCGCUCAACGUUGACCUCCGCAACCAGAUCAAGGCCGCUGCGCUCGGCACGCUCACAGACGCCGACCUUGGCGCGGCCCACACGGCGGCAGUUGUCGUUGCCAAGAUUGGUUCGAUUGAUCUUCCGCGCAAGAACUGGCCCGAGAUCUUGCCCGCGCUCAUGACCAACGUGACGACGGGCACGGACAACGCCAAGAACUACUCGCUCGAAGCGCUUGGCUACUUGUGCGAAGGCCUCGAAGACGACACGCUCGCGGCCGAGGAGACGAACCAGGUCCUCAGCGCGAUUGUCGAUGGUAUUAAGACGACCAACCCGGACAAGAUUCGCCUUGCCGCCGUCUCGGCGCUCCGCAACAGUCUCGAGUACAUUAGCGAGAACUUCAAGCGCGACGAAGAGCGCAACCACAUCAUGAUGGUCAUUUGCGAGGCCACGCAGAGCAGCCACCUGCAAGUGCGCGUCCGCGCCUUUGAGUGCAUUGCCACGAUUGCCAGCCUCUACUACGAGUACCUCGAGGCGUACAUGAACACGCUCUACGACCUGACGUUCAAGGCCAUCCAGAGCGACAGCCCCGAAGUCGGCCUCCAGUCGCUAGAGUUUUGGUCGUCGAUCUGCGACGUGGAGCUCGAGUACAUUGCCGAGAUGGAGUACGGGUCCGAGUACCCCAACCAGUGCAAGUACUACGUCAAGCAAGUGCUCGGCAGCCUCGCGCCCGUCCUUUUGAACACGCUCCUCCAGCAGGAAGAAGACCAGUUUGAAGAUGACACGUGGAACCUGUCGAUGGCGGGUGCGACUGCGCUCACGCUGGCGUCGCAGGUCGUCGACAAUGCGAUCAUCCCGGUCGUCAUGCCGUUUGUGUCGUCGAACAUUCAGUCGGCCGACUGGCACCACAAGGAAGCCGCGAUCAUGGCCUUUGGCUCGAUCCUCGACGGCCCUACGCACGAGCAGAUCCAGCCGCUCGUCGAGCAGGCGAUGCCGCUCCUCAUCACGUGCAUGCAGGACCCGCACCCGCUUGUGCGCGACACGACGGCGUGGACCAUCGGCCGCAUCUGCGAGAUCCACGGCACGGUCAUGACGCGCUGCGUCGGCCCGCUCAUGCAGCUCAUCAUGAACGGCCUCGACCAAGAGUCCAAGGUCGCGGCGCACAUGUGCUACGCGAUCCACUACAUCUUCCAGGCCUUUAGCGAGCUCCAGAACGGCCCGGAGCAGCUCGACCAGUUUUAUGGCCAGGUCUUUGACAAGUGCUUGGUCACGUGCCAAAAGCCCAACGACGACAACCUGCGCGUCUCGGCCUUUGAGGCGCUUGGCAUGAUGAUCCAGUGCGGCUCGCUCAACAUGACGCCGCACAUUCUCAGCCGCCUCUCGUCGAUCCUCGACCACCUCGAGGGCACGAUCGCCAAGCACAAGGCGUCGCCUGUCGCGUCGAACGAAUUCUACGGCCUGUACACGUGCGCGUGCGACGUCUUGGUCGUCAUCAUCCAGCGCGUCAACGAUGACAUUCGCCCGUUUGCGGACCGCAUCAUGCAGUGCCUCCUCGACAUUUUCAGCACGGGUCACACGACGGCCGGCGAAGAAGCCUUCUUGGCCGCGGGCGCGCUCGCGGGCGCGAUUGAUGCCGAGUUCAAGAAGUACAUGACGGCCUUUUACCCGGUGCUUGUGCACGGCCUCAGCAACACGUCGGAGUACAUGGUGUGCGCGGCCGCGGUCGGCGUUGUCGGCGACGUGUGCCGCGCGCUCGGAUCGGACGUCAAGGUGUUUUGCGACGAGUUUAUCCAGCUCCUCCUCACGAUCCUCCGCGACACGAACCUCAACCGCUCGGUCAAGCCGCCGGUCCUCUCGGUCUUUGGCGACAUUGGCCUCGCCAUUGAGGGCGACUUUGACCGGUACUUUACGCCGGUCGUGCAGAUGCUGCUGCAGGCCGCGCACGCGUGCGUCUCGGUCGACGUUGACGACGAAGACGUGAUUGACUACAUGAACCAGCUCCGCGAAAGCAUCCUCGAGGCCUUUACGGGCAUCCUGCAAGGUCUUGCGUCGCACAACAAGGGCCAGCUCGUCGAGCCCGCGCUUGGUGGCAUUGGUAACUUUAUCGCGCAGCUCGCGACCGACGCCAACCGCAGCGAAAGCGUGACCAACUCGUGCGCCGGCUUGAUUGGCGAUCUCGCGACGAUCCUCGGCCCUGCGUCCAAGCCGCUCAUGCAGCAGCCGUACAUUGGCACGCUCCUCGUGGAGUGCGCCAACUCGCAGGAAGGCAACGCGCAGAACGUUGCUUUGUGGGCCAAGGAGGCGGUCGCUCAGGUCAUGCGCCAGUAAGUUGAUGGUGGCCCACACACGUGCUUGCUGCAUGUGGCCGUGGGCGCCGCAGCCUGACGCUUAUUUAUUGCUGUCAGCGGGCCCGUCGGCGGCGGCGACCGGUACAGGCUGCUACCUCGAUGUGCAUACGCUUUGCUUCCGCAACGCGCUCGGGGUAGUGGUGCUGGCCGGCUGUCGUGCCGCUGCGGUUGCUGUAGUAGUGCAUGGAUUAUGGUAGUUAAUAGAAACGACGGCGGCUGCCUGACGCAGUCGUCGCUCUCCUGUCGCAUG